CUUAUAUGUUUUUCAAUUUCCAGAAGGAUGAGGAAAGAAAAAUCGGAUUAAUCAAAUCCUUUCAAAUCAGAGAUGGGGCUUCCUAAAAAUUGCUCCUUAAUUACAGCACCUCGGAAAUUCCGAAAACCCAUUAAAGUUGCUCAACUCUUUUACUCUCUCUCUCUCUGUUGCUACUUACCACUACUGCUACUUUCUAACUGAACUAGGUUUUGCCUUCGUUGCUGCUCUUCCAGUUACAUCCUGUAAUCGGUACAUGGUAAAAGAAACUACUUUUCCGGAGGUGUUUGAUGCUAAAUUCAUCUGGGUUCAAGCUAAUUUGUCGAUCUUCUGAAGAAUUCAGCGUCUGGGGUGGCGAAAAAUUCGAACUUGUUUCUGAAGUUAUUUUUGUAGGUAAAGGCAUUCUGGUCUUGGUGUUAUUUGGCUGAAGCCUAGCAUAUGUACUGGUCAUGGAUACUCGAGUGAAAAGUUUAUCCUGGAUUGGAAACAUACGGGAAAAGUUUGAAACUUUCUAUUCAGAGAUCGAUGACAUUGUAAAGGAGAAUCUUGAAUAUGGUGAAAACCAGUUGCUUACAGCAGGGGCAAAUGUGAAACAAUUCUGUUCAGAGUUCAUGGAAGAAGUGCUCCCUGAGAGUAUAAUAAACUCCUUGCAAGAGAAAACUACUACGUCUGAAAAUGCAAAAAGGGUUGUCCAUGCCGGUGGAUUACCGGAUAAAGAAGCCAAUGCAGGCCAUAAAGACGGACCAUCUGAUUGUAAUUCUUCUAACCAACCAAUUUUGAUGGAAACUGUUGAAGAGGCAGAUAUUACUUUGUCAUUUACUUUAAAAGCCAAUGAUGGAAGGGAAAUGAGCUUUGAGGAAAAUCGUGUUAAGGAGACAGAAUUUUCAUCUGAAAUUCUCAAAUUUGAAGGUCAUGGGGGUGGUGGAUUUCGUGUUCAGAAAGAAGCAGGGGAAACCAAUGACUUUGAUCCUCAAGAUGGCAUAGCCAAAUUAUCAACUGCCCAGCCUUUACCUAAUGCUAUUGUCUCUCCAGGCUCUAACGCACGUCAACUUCUGGAGAAUGAAUUGUCUUCUUCUGGUCGCACCUUGUCAAAAGAAUUAAUCAAUGCAGAGGGACUAAAUGGCCACACAGCAGAGGAGACCAAGGGCAAGCAUGUUAGUGACCUGGGUAUUAUGCAGCUGCCAAACAAAUUGAAGAUUGAGGAUAGCUCCACUGUGCUGGACAGCAACGAAUAUCAUUUAACAUCUGAUUGUCCAGAGCAACCCCAGGCUCAUCAUAGAACUGCAUCUGCAUGCAAGUCUUGUUUGGCAAUGGAACUUGAGAAACAUUGUGAAUGUGAGAGGGCAGCUGGCUCGAAGGGUUUUAAUGCAGAAUCUGAUCAACCUGAGGACAAACUCCCAUCACAAGCCUUGCUUGCUGGAGAAUCAGAGUUACUGGAUGAGGAGCUUUGUGAAUCUGACUGGGUGAUCGUUUAAGCUUCCAUGGAACAAACAAGUACCAGAAACUCGGAAUCUCAUUUUGAAGGCAAUAAUGUAAAUGCCUCGAUUUAAGGGCUUUUGUUUUUCGAGUUUAGGACAUCGAGAUGAUUUGUGAAUAGGCAGGCUGAAAAGCACCACUUGCAUUUUGCAAUCUAAAUAAUAUUGAAACAAAGUUGUUUUCUGAGUGUGUCUGUAUUUUUGGUGCUUGUAUAAUCCCAUGUGGUAUCUUCCAGGUU